AUGACCUAUGUAUACCCCUUCAGUCCAAUAAUCACCGACGAGGAAGUGCGCGCCUCAAUCACAAAAAUGAACGAAAGAGAGCAUGCUGCCUUCAUCUACGCUUUCACAGCAGUAACCCUGGACCUAACCCGGUCCUCCCAACCCACCAAAUCCAGCACACCCUUAGCCUCAACCCAAAUAACCGACUUAAUGCGCCAGUCCGUGGAAACCCAACAACCACUAUUAAUAGGCUUCCGACCCUCAAUUCUCCGCGCAACAACAAGCAUCUUCAUCCAGAUGUGCGCCAUGAGUCUAGGCCACUAUGACCUGGGCUUCUUCUACCUCCGCGAAGCAAUCAGCAUGAUCCAAAUGCUUCGCAUAAACGACAAAACCGUCAACGCAGGCCUCAGCACAACAGAACGAGCCCGUCGCCAACGACUCUACUGGCAAUGUUUCAUCCACGAGCGAUUCAUGUCAAUCGUGAACUUCUCUCCUGUAACAUUACCCCCCCACACGCAGUAUCCGGAAGAAGACGCGUUCGUGGGCGCGGAAAUCCAGCAGGGCUGGACGCAGGUGAUUAAGACCUUCUGCAUGCUUGAUGCGUCGUUUAUCAGUUUGUGGAUUGGGGACCGAACGCAGGUGACUGCGUCGUGGGUUGAGCGGAAACACCGCGAGCUGGAUGAUGCGUUGUGGGAGGUGGAGGUUUCGGCGCUGUCGGAGCUUCAGCAGGCGGAUUUGGUUAUUACGAGACAGUGGAUGCGGACGUUGUUGUGGCAGAUGGCAAUGUCGAAUUGUUUGCUUAGUUCGCAUGCGUCGUGUCCUUCGUUGGAGUUGGAGAUGCCGUUGAGAUUGUCGAGUCAGCUCAGACAGUUUUUGACGAAGAUUUCGCAGAAUACGAUUCGGAUGCAUGGAUCGUCGAUGAUUAGCAAAUUGUUGGAGAUUGUUAAUACUAUUGCUGAUGUGGUGAUUCAUGUGCCACAGGCGACUAGGGAGGAGACGACGAGUCGCAUUGAUGAUAUUGUGUUCAUGCAGGGUGUGGUGCUUUCUUUUCAUAAUUUGCAGGUUAUGCCGAAGGAUAUUCUGUUGGAUAAGUUUCGAUUGAUUAGGAGCAGGUUUCCACAUAUUGAGGUGGCUAUGCAAUUGGCUGUUUAA